AUGUGUCCAACACAUGCACAAUGUUGUACUGAUGGAGGUAUACGUCUAGUUGGAGGAACAGAUGAAAAUGAGGGAAGAGUUGAAGUGUGUGUGCAAGGAACAUGGGGUACUGUAUGUGAUGAUUUAUGGGGAUAUCCUGAUGCUCAAGUUGCUUGUAAACAACUAGGUCUCCCUUACACUGGUAUAUUUAUACUUACUAUUAGUACUAUCAUAUAUAAUUCCUUUAAUAUAGGUGCUGUGGCAUAUGGCAGUGCUCACUUUGGUCAAGGCACUGGUCCUAUUUUACUAGACAAUGUUCAAUGUACAGGUGAUGAAGACUCUCUAUUCAACUGUACUUAUCUAUCAAACCAUAACUGUAUUCAUUUUGAGGAUGCUGGUGUGAUGUGUCAGAGUGCUAGUUGUAACAGCACUGAUGUUCGUUUAGUUAAUGGUCUUGUAGAGAGUGAAGGUAGAGUGGAAGUAUGUCUAAAUGGUGUCUGGGGAACUGUAUGUGAUGAUUUCUGGAAUACUAAUGAUGCCAUAGUUGUCUGCAGACAACUAGGAUAUCCAACUACUAAUUCCACAUCAAUUGGUAAUGCAUAUUUUGGACCUGGUACUGGUGCUAUUAACAUGGACAAUGUCUUCUGUAGUGGAACAGAGAAUGCAUUAACUGAUUGUAGUUACAGUGCCACACAUAACUGUGUCCAUCGAGAAGAUGCUAGUGUUGUAUGUAUUCAAAGACCAGGAGCUGUUGCUCACAGUAGUGCAACAUUUGGUCAAGGUAUUGGUGAGAUCUACUUGGACAACGUACAGUGUACAGGAUCCGAAUCCAGUUUGUUAGCCUGUAGUUAUGUCUCCAUUGAUAACUGUGGUCAUUCUGAGGAUGCUGGUGUCCAAUGUAAUGGACCAGGAAGUGCUGUUGCUUAUUCAUUUGCUUUCUAUGGUCAAGGUAGUGGACCCAUAGUAAUGGACAAUCUACAAUGUGGUGGUAGUGAAUCUGCCUUAACUGAUUGUCCUUAUGAUCCUGAUACAAGUGACUGUACUCAUUUUGAAGAUGCUGGAGUCAUGUGUGCACCUAGUCAAUCUGCUAUUGCUCGCACUAAUGCUUACUUUGGACAAGGCACUGGACUCAUUAACAUGGACAACGUCCAAUGUACUGGAAAUGAAGAUUACCUCAUUAACUGUACCUACAUUUCUGAUCACAACUGCGGUCAUUUUGAAGAUGCUGGUGUGACAUGUGGAGUUACUCCUCAAUGUAAUAACAGUGACAUUCGUCUAGUUGGUGGAAAUAAUGAAAUGGAAGGACGAGUUGAAGUUUGUGUUGGAGGCACUUGGGGUACAGUGUGUGAUGAUUUCUGGGGAUAUCCUGAUGCUCAAGUUGCUUAUUCCACAUCAAUUGGUAAUGCAUAUUUUGGACCUGGUACUGGUGCUAUUAACAUGGACAAUGUCUUCUGUAGUGGAACAGAGAAUGCAUUAACUGAUUGUAGUUACAGUGCCACACAUAACUGUGUCCAUCGAGAAGAUGCUAGUGUUGUAUGUAUACAAAGACCAGGAGCUGUUGCUCACAGUAGUGCAACUUUUGGUCAAGGUAUUGGUGAGAUCUACUUGGACAACGUACAGUGUACAGGAUCCGAAUCCAGUUUGUUAGCCUGUAGUUAUGUCUCCAUUGAUAACUGUGGUCAUUCUGAGGAUGCUGGUGUCCAAUGUAAUGGACCAGGAAGUGCUGUUGCUUAUUCAUCAGCUUUCUAUGGUCAAGGUAGUGGACCAAUAAACAUGGAUGAUCUACGAUGUGGUGGUAGUGAGUUUGCCUUAACUGACUGUCCAUAUGAUUCUGAUACAAGUGACUGUACUCAUUUUGAAGAUGCUGGAGUCAUGUGUGCACCUAGUCAAUCUGCUAUUGCUCGCACUAAUGCUUACUUUGGACAAGGCACUGGACUCAUUAACAUGGACAACGUCCAAUGUACUGGAAAUGAAGAUUACCUCAUUAACUGUACCUACAUUUCUGAUCACAACUGCGGUCAUUUGAAGAUGCUGGUGUGA